AUGACUAGGAUGACUAAGGUAACUAGGGUAACUAGAAUGACUACAAAAACUGGAAUGAUCAGGGUUACUGGGAUGACUAAGAUGACUAGGGUGACUAGGAUGAUUAAGAUGACUAAGGUGGCUGGGGUGACUGAGGUGACUAGGGUGACAAGAGUGAAUAGGUUGACUGUGAUGGCUGAGAAGGUUUGGCUGACUGGAAUGACUAGGAUGACUAGGAAUACUGGGAUGACAAGAGAUAAGAUAAGAGGCCAGUGUUGACUGGGGUGACAGGCAUGCCUGGAGUGACUGGGGUGACUGGGAUGAUUUGAAUGACUGGCAUAACUCUUACUAAUGGGAUGGCCACCAUGACUGGGAUAACUAGGAUGACUAGGAAAACUGGGGUGACUGUGUUGAAUGGCAAUGGUGACUAUGAUAACAGGAAUGACUAGGAUUACUGGGUUAACUGGGAUCAAUGGCAUGACCAUGACAACUAGGGUGACUAGGAUGACUAGGGUGACAGGGGUGGCUUGGAUAACUGGGAUGCCUGGCAUAACUGGAAUGUUAAACUGUCAAAGGUUUGAACCCAGGAGUCGUUUAGUAGGUACAAAAUGUAGGUUGAACAUGAUUAUCCAGGUGAUUGUAGUCUUGAAUAGGACUGUUGUUGACAAUGAUUAACGUUUUGACAAACUGUUCGUCAGUCAUCUUCAGAGUCAAAGUGAGUUGUGUCAUGUCAGUUGAUAAAAUUGAAAACUGGUUAUUGACCUGAUUGGUCAAUUAAGUCACGAUGAUAUUGGUUGUCUGUCAGUUAAGCUGUGAUGCUAUUUGGAUGAAUAGACUGAACAGCAGAGGUGACUGGGAUGACUGUGAUGAAAAGGAUAAUUAAAAUAACUAAGAUGGCUUAAGGUGGAUUAGGGAACUGGGAUGGAUGGCUGUCAAUUAUAACUGGGGGCUGGGGAUUUCCCCUGACUACUACAAGUGUGACCCCCAUCCACUUUAUUAUAGGAAACAAAAGGAAAAUAGAACCAAAAGAACUUCCUAACCAUUCAAUUCACCGCCUUCUAACUGAAUAUAACCACCAACUUGAAAAGUAUAUUAGUGACAGGCCUGGGGAUGGCUGAGACAAUUGGGGGACUGGGAUGACUAGGGUGAUGAAAUAAGUGACAGAGAUAAUUAUUAGAAUGACAGGGAAGACAAGGAUGACUUGGGUGACUGGGAUGAUUUGGAUAACUGGAAUCACUCAGAUUACUGAAAUGACUGCAGUGACUAGGAUGACUGGGAUGACUGGGGUGACUGGGAUUACUGAGAUGACUAGGAUGACUGGGAUGACUGGGAGGACUGGGAGGACUACAAUGACUGGGAUGACUACAAUGACUAGGAUGACCGGGAUGACUAGGUUUAGGAUGACUGGGGUUACUAAGAUGACUAGGAUGACUGGGGUGACUGGGAUUACUGGGAUGACUAGGAUGACUGGGAUGACUAGAUUUAGGAUAAAUGGGAUGACUAUGAUGACUAGGAUGACUGGGAUGGCUAGGAUGACUGGGGUGACUGGGAUUACUGGGAUGACUAGGGUGACUGGGAUGACUAGGAUGACUAGGAUGACUGGGAUGACUAAGAUCACUGGGGUGACUGGGAUUACUGGGAUGACUAGGAUGAAUGGGAUGACUAGGAUGACUAGGAUGACUGGGAUGACUAGGAUGACUGGGGUGACUGGGAUUACUGGGAUGACUGGGAUGACUAGGUUUAGGAUGAAUGGGAUGACUAGGAUGACUUGGAUUACUGGGAUAACUGGGAUGACUAGGAUGACUGGGGGUGACUAGAAUGAGUAGGAUGACUGGAAUGACUUGGGUGACUAGGGCGCUUUCCAUUUUAAAUUAAUUGUCAGAAAUGACUGGCUAGCCCAUUCCCAUCAUAAUGAGAACCUUAGUUUUAAUCAAAACUAACCAUCCAGAUCAGUCAAAUGCUAAACAUUAUACACAAAGGAAAUGGUUUUUCCGCAAAACCUCUUGGAAAAUGCCUAUGGCAUUUAAAAAAUGUCUGGUUCGGCCUCGGUCUAGCCGGCAAGUUCUGACUUUCGAAAGUGCCCUAAGAUGACUAGGGUGACUGGGAUGACUAGAGUCAGACUAGGGUGACUAGGAUGACUGGGAUGACUAGGAUAACUAGGGUCACUAGGAUGACCGGGAUGACUAGGUUGACUAGGAUGACUAGAAUUACUGGGGUGACUAGGAUAACUUGGAUGACCAUGGGAAUGAGGAUGACCAGGAUAACUGGGUUGACUAGGAUGACCGGGGUGACUGGGUGACUGGGAUGACUGGGAAAAUUAGGCUGGCUACGAUCACUAGAAUAACUAGGAUGACCAAGUGCUUUCAUAGCUCUGGGCUUCAUGUGCCAGCUCUAAUGGCAGAAAAUACCUACAUCGGAUGUUUAAAAAACCUACCCAUUUAUGGGGCUGCUUAUAAAGACUUUAAACUAGUAAGUUUAUCGAAGCAGCUGAAAAGCAUACCUUUCACACAGCCCAGUACGCAAAUUCAGUGCAUGAGAGGUAGCUUUCAAAUUACACACGUUUUGACAUUAUGCAAAGUGAUGUGCUGUCAAGCAAAAAAUGGGGUUCAGCAAAUGCACAGUUUUCUUAUUCUGCUGCUGUAAUUAUUUUGUGAAAUUCAUAAAAUUGUAGUCACUGUAUAAAAAAGCUAUAAAGAACAACAAGCUACCAUCAUUUCAUGGUAUUUAUAUAUGAAUUUUUAUUGAUGUUGUUGAUAUCUUGUGGGUGAAAGUUGCCACUACACAUGAAAGAUAACUACACACUUCAAAAGAGCUGACAUUUAAUUUGGUGAAGAAACUCAUCGCUAGCGAUUUGCAGCAUAGUUGGUUCUUCUCAUGUUGGUUUUUUCAUUCACAAAAUCAAGGCAACUACAAGAGAUUUUCACGUUUCAGCGAACAAACGGUCAUGAUCGAAUGCACUGUCAAUCCCUAACAAAUACGAAAACUAAGAAACUCCAAUUAAACAGUGUUCUAAUAAAAUGAAAAGCUCCAAGAAAACCUCCUGAAACAGACUUAAAAUUAUGCAAAAUCUAACGUCCAUUAUCUUCAGUCUUUGAAGCAACACUACAGAAAAUGGUUUCUCAUUGGACAUGUCAUCUAUAAUUUGUGCCAAAAAUUACUGCUUCAGUGGUUCUCAAUACUUGAUUCUCAUAAUGCCAUGCAAUUCUCAUCGUCGGGAAACAAGACACAACUGGUAACUUACUUUAGAGUGGUAAGUAGGAUGACUAUAGGGUGACUGGGUAACUAGGAUGACUGGAAUGCCUAGGGUGGCUAUGGUGACUGGGAUAACUGGGAUGAAAGGGUUGACUGGGAUGACCAGGAUGACAGGGAUGAUUUGGAUGACUAAGGAUGACUAGGGUUCAUGACUAGGUUAAAUGAGGAUGACUAGGGUCACUGGGAUAACUAGUAAAAAAAAAUGACAUGUGAUUUCUAGGAUGAUCGGGUUGACUGGGGUGACUUUGGUGACUUGGAUGGCUGGGUUGGGUGGGAAAAGUAGAAUGACUAAGAUGACUGGGAUACAUUAGGAUGACUGCGAUAAAUAGGAUGACUGCAUUGACUGGAAUUACGGCGGUGACUGAGAUGACUAGGACCAAGCUUAUCCCCUGAUAGGUACCCCUGAGUCUCUAAACAAAGUGUGUUAUACCAGUUUAGAAAAUUAAAAAAAGGAAAAAGCUUUUGAUACCUGGAAUGCCUGAAAUCACCAAUGGGAUGCUGCCAUCCUCCUGCUGCUUUUGAUGUCAUUCUCCCAUUAAUUGAAGAAAUGUUUUCGAUAUCCAACUUGUGAUGGGCAAGGAAUCUUCCAGAACAUUCCCAAACGGGAACGGGGUCUGUGAAAUGGCCUGCAGAGAUGUAAGAAUUAAUACAAUUAAUAAAUUUCACUGCCAAGUAGAAAGAAAGAUUUAUUAGUUUCGCUACGUAUAUAUGGACAUUCUGUUUUCCUGCAAAAAUUCAUGUUUCCUAGCAGAUUAAAUAAAUGAAGUCUUGCUUUGAUAAUUUGUUACUGUCAAACCAACAAACCUGCAAACACCAGAUUUCUAGAGCAUGUGUUGUAAGAAAAAAAACUCUUGACAAUCAGGCAUGCGAAAACAAGCAGAAAAUGACAAAUUAGUUUGUGAUUUUGUGGAAAACUCACACACCCUGAUAUCUGCUGUGGUUGGUCAUCCCUGAAAUAUUUCAAGUGUUCAUGGUUUUGUCAGUUUCACAGUAAAAUUCAUUAAAGAUGUUUACAAAGAGACUUCAAAAGCCUGCCUGCAAAAUCUGGGUCCAGUUGUUCGAAGGCUGUUUAGCACUAACUUGGGGUAAAAUAAAUUUUGAAUCUGGGUUUCUUUUUGUUCAAAAGCAUUUUAUCUAAUAAUUUUCUCAGUCUGUUAUUUUGAAACAUCCAAUCAUCAAAUUAGAGACUUUAGGCUUUCAUAUUUGCAUUCAAAUUUCCCACUAACCCAGCUUUGAACAACCCAGUCACGUUAAUUUUAUUUUUUUUUGUGAUCUGACAACAGCUUUAAGUUGAUUUGUGAAUACCAACUGAACAAACAUUAAAUGAGUGUAAUAAGGUGAACUGGUCAUAGUUAAAAAAGUGACUGUAGAAUGACAGCUGGGUGAUUAUAGCCUGCCCCAAAUGUCCCCUUCCUCAUACAUGUAAGAGAAAAUCCCUGAGUAACACAGCUGAACCCCAAAAUCAGUGAUCUCCUGGGAUGGGUCAUAGAAAGUGUAAAACCAAGUCUCUGUGAUGAACACCGGUAACCAUUAGCAAUAUAUCAUUUUUGACAGCAUAUUUACCAAACCAGUUGCCUAGAGCUUGAUGCUGUUUUCCUCUAAAUCCAGACUCUCCUCCAAAGAAUGCAGUCCAUUUCUAUUAACCUCUGACCAGCUUGCCUGAGAAAAUAAAUAACCCAUCUUUAUAAGCACACAAACUGGUGAUGAUAUGAUAGUUAACUCUUGUUAAACCGAUCAACAAUAGAUGGGUGUGAGGAAGGCACCUGGCGAAACUGAAGGGAGCUGCAAGAGAGCCUAGAAAGUAACCAUGACAACCCUGUGAGUGGCACCCACAAGGCACCAUCAUACUGAUAACCUCAGUGGAGAAAUGCGCAGACACUUACCAAGACAAACAUCGACAGGGGAGGGGGGCUGGGAGCAAAAAAUGCUUAAGUUACUUCACGAAAAGGCAACCUGAGCAAAAUGAUUGGCUUCUCUGAAAACGCUGUAAAAUUGCUAAAGCCCUGCUAAAGCCUAAGAUGGAGAACAUCACCCAUUUCGAGUCAAGAAAUGGGAACAAAUUGACAACUUUAAAGUCCCAAAUCUUUUUCAGGUUUCUUGAUUAAAAUUGAGGUUAUGUUGUAAGCUGUUUAUACUUCUGUUUAAAUAAUGACAAACCAGGAAGUUGUAAAAACCUUUGUCACCAUGAGCUCAUUGACUGAACAUAUAAAUUGGUUGUCGUUAAUUAUGCCAAAAAGCUACUAUCUUGUUUAACAAGUUGAUUUAGCCCUACAUUUGCAUAAUGUUCCCCACUUCAACUACUGCAUCAAAGUCAUCACAACCAUCCCAGUCAUCAAUCACCCAAGUUGUCCCAGUCAUCUUAGUAUAAAUCUCAGUCAUCCUAGUAAUCUGAGUCAUCCAGUCAUCCUAGUAAUCAAAGCCACCCUAAUCAACCCAAUAUCACACUAGUCAAACUUACUAUCAGAGUUUUAUUUGUUGGAUUUAUUAAUUCCGUUUUCAUUGUCAUUCAUUGGAAACUUACUUGUUACUCAAAUGAUGAGUUCUGGCUUGUAGGUAUUUAUAGCAACAGAGACAAGAAAGGGAUGUCCCAACAGUGUAAUGUCUAAGAUCUAGUCAUUUACCCAGGACUCACAUGUAAACAACAACCUUAUAGCACCACAUGUGCAUUUCUAAAUAAGACUAUAAGCCUGACUGCAAUGACUAGGAUGACUAUAAGGUAACUAGGGUAACUAGAAUGACAACAAAAACUGGAAUGAUCAGGGUUACUGGGAUGACUAAGAUGACUAGGGUGACUGGAUGAUUAAGAUGACUGAGGUGACUGGGGUGACUGAGGUGACUAGGGUGACAAGAGUGAAUGGGUUGACUGUGAUGGCUGAGAAGGUUUGGCUGACUGGAAUGACUAGGAUGACUAGGAAUACUGGGAUGACAAGAGAUAAGAUAAGAGGCCAGUGUUGACUGGGGUGACAGGCACGCCUGGAGUGACUGGGGUGACUGGGAUGAUUUGAAUGACUGGCAUAACUCUUACUAAUGGGAUGGCCACCAUGACUGGGAUAACUAGGAUGACUAGGAAAACUGGGGUGACUGUGUUGAAUGGCAAUGGUGACUAUGAUAACAGGAAUGACUAGGAUUACUGGGUUAACUGGGAUCAAUGGCAUGACCAUGACAACUAGGGUGACUAGGAUGACUAGGGUGACAGGGGUGGCUUGGAUAACUGGGAUGCCUGGCAUAACUGGAAUGUUAAACUGUCAAAGGUUUGAACCCAGGAGUCGUUUAGUAGGUACAAAAUGUGGGUUGAGCAUGAUCAUCCGGGUGAUUGUGCUCCUGAAUAGGACUGUUGUUGACAAUAAUUAACGUUUUGACAAACUGUGCGGCAGUCAUCUUCAGAGUCAAGGUUAGUUGUGUCAUGUCAGUUGAUAAAAUUGAAAUCUGGUUAUUGACCUGGCCCGGGUUGCUCGAAGCAUGGUUAGUGCUAACCAGCGUUAAGUACCAUGGAAACCUAUACAUUUUGAUACCUCUUAACCAACGGUUAGCGCUAACCAGGCUUCGAGCAACCGGCCCCUGAUUGGUCCAUUAAGUCACGAUGAUAUUGGUUGUCUGUCAGUUAAGAGCUCUGUGAUGUUAUUUGGAUGAAUAGGCUGAACAGCAGGGGUGACUGGGAUGAUUGUGAUGAAAAGGAUAAUUGAAAUAACUGAGAUGGCUUAAGGUGGAGUAGGGAACCGGGAUGUAUGGCUGUCAAUAAUGGCCUGCGGCUGGGGAUUUCCCCCAGCUACUAUGAGUGUGACCCCCAUCCACUUUCAUAUAGGAAACAAAGGGAAAAUAGAACCAAAAGAACUUCCUAGCCAUUCAAUUCACCGCCUUCUAACUGCUUAUAACCACCAACUUGAAAAGUAUAUUAGUGACAGGCCUGGGGAUGGCAGAGGUAGUUGGGGGACUGGGAUGACUAGGGUGAUGAAAUAACUGAGAUGAUUGCAUGGGGUGACUGAGAUAAAUAGAAUGACAGGGAUGACAAGGAUGACUUGGGUGACUGGGAUGAUUUGGAUAACUGGAAUCACUGGGAUUACUGAGAUGACUGUGGUGACUAGGAUGACAGGGAUGACUGGGGUGACUGUUAUGACUGGGAUGACUAGGUUGACUGGGAUGACUGGGAUGACUACAAUGACUGGGAUGACUACAAUGACUAGGGUGACCAGGAUAACUAGGUUUAGGAUGACUGGGAUUACUAAGAUGACUAGGAUGACUGGGAUGACUGAGAUGACUAUGAUGACUAGGGUGACAGGGAUGACUAGGUUUAGGAUGACUGGGAUGACUAGGAUAACUAAGAUGACUGGGAUGACUGGGGUGACUGGAAUUACUGGGGUGACUAGGAUGACUGGGAUGACCAUGGGAAUGACGAUGAAUAGGAUCACUGGGUGACUGGGAUGACUGGGAAAAUUAGGCUGGCUGCAAUCACUAGAAUGUAAAGUGCUUUUGGACCAUUGGGAAUUAGCGCUCUUUAAAUAUUGUAUAUUAUUAUUAUUAUUAUUAUUAUUAUUAUUAUUAUUAUUAUUAUUAACUGGGACGACCAAGUGCUUUCAUAGUUUUGGGCUUCAUGUGCCAACUCAUUUUGUGGUAUUCUAUAUAUGAAUUUUUAUCGAUGUUGUUGAUAUCUUGUGGGCGAAAGUUUCCAUUACAUAUGAAAGAUUGCUACACACUUCAAAAGGGCUGACAUCUAAUUUGGUAAAGAAACUCAUUGCUAGCGAUGAGUCAAUCCCUAACAAAUCUAAGAAACAAAGAAACUUCAAUUAAACAGUGUGCUCAUAAAAUGAAAUGCUCAAAGAAAACUUCCUGAAAGAAACUGAAAAUUAUGCAAAAUCUAAUGUUCAUUUUCCUCAGUCUUUGAAGCAACACUACAAUAAAUGGUUUCUCAUUGGACAUGUUAUCUAUAAUUUGUGCCAAAAAUUACCGCUUCGAUGAUUCUCACUACAUGAUUCUCAUAGUGCGACGCAAUUCUCAUCAUGCAGGAAAGAAGACACAACGGGUAACUUACUUAAGAGUGGUAAGUAGGAUGAGUACAAGGUGACUGGGAUAACUAGGAUGACUGGAAUACCUAGGGUGACUAUGGUGACUGGGAUAACUAUGAAUGGGUUGACUGGGAUGACCAGGAUGAUAGGGAUGAUUUGGAUGACUAAGGAUGACUAG